UCAUUCCACUAACCCUAGUAAAUGUGUACCUUAUAUUAAAUCUUUAUUUAUUUAUUUUAAAUGCAACCUUCUUCAAGAAGUUCAAAGAGGAGGAAGUUCCAUGCUUCUACCGUGUUCGUUUUUCGCUUGCAACAGUCAAAUCUGGUAUCAGUUUUCGUCACUGAUCAAUGUUCCAUAUUCUCAGGUUCCAGGUUUCAACUUCGAUCUUGUCUAAUUAUUCUCUGAUGCCUCAGCAGUACCUAUUACAAUGAGGUAAUUCUGCCUACAAAACCAGCAAAUGGCCACACCUCUUUACUCAUUUUCCAAUUAUUUUGUGCAUCAAGAUCAAUCUAUCAUCCGUAUCUGUAGUUGUUCUCUCGGCAAGCCGUCCCAUCUGUUAAUUUUGGUAUGUGUUUGUGUGAUCAACGCCUAGAAGAUGACAACUUAGGAUUUUUGUUUGUGAUUUUCAUACCCUUAAUUUUUUUAUCAAGACGUAUCAAGCAUCGAAAGCAGGGAAUCGAAGUUCAUGGAAGGAUGGUCAACAUUCUCAAAUGGGUCUUCCUUAGAUUGCCCUGGAGUUGAAACUGUUGGUGCAUUUCCUGGUAACGGCUGUUGCCUUGGAAAAGACCAUGUUGAUAAUGAAGCCGACUGUGACAAACUUAAACAAAGAUGUUUGUUCUAUAAACUUUUUCCAGUUUACCUGAAGGAUAAUUGUUCUAAAGGUGUGGUUCGGCCUUUGCCGGUUUUGAUCGAUGGUCACCAGCUAGAUUUGUACAAAUUGUUUUCCAUUGUGAAGGAAAGAGGUGGGUAUGCCGUGGUGGCGAAAAAAAGAUUGUGGGGUUCUGUGUCCAAGGAAUUGGGUUUGAACCUUAAAGUUUUCUCAUCGGUGAAAUUAGUUUAUGAUAAGUAUCUGAAUGAUUUUGAAAGGUGGCUCAAGCAAAUUUUUGAAGAGAAGAAAUCAAAAACAGGGAAUAAUGAGUGUGAUGGGGAUUUUAAGUGGUUGCCAUUGGAUGUAGAGAAAGAUUUCAGAGGCCUGUUAUGUCCAAAUCUAAAGGACAAAGAUGUUGAUGAACUUGUCAAGUCAGAAUCAAAUAAAAUUAAGAAAGAUACUGAUUUUGUUAACUGCAAGAAUGAUAUUAAUUUAUUGGACACCAAAGAUCAAAAGAAUAAAUCUGAGGAUGUCCAACACAAUGGUGGUGAUAAUGAUGAAAAAAUUUGUAAUGGAGUUAAGGUUGAUCCUACAACCUUGGGUGCAGAAGGUGCUGUGAAGAAAUUAAAAUCUCGCAAACGCAAGCGGGAAACGUUAUCUGGCAUGCUAAUCUGGAUGAAACAUAUUGCAAAGUAUCCUCUCGAUCCUUUAGCUCAACCAAUACCAAAACCAUCAAAGUGGAAAGGGUAUAAAGGCCAGGACAUUUUUGGCCAAUUUCUGAGGGCAAGGGAAGCUCUGUUGCCGAGACAGCAUGAAGAACCAACCAGUGGACUGUCUUUUUUGCAGAAACAGAAGAUGCACCCUGUCAUGUAUGAGGAUCGCGCUUCUCUUGGUCGCCAUGCUACAGGGAAAUUGAGAUGUAGUAAAAGGCUGCCUGCCUUUGUUAAAUCUAAGUCAUGCUCUUGCUGCAACGGAAAAAGAUUGACAGGUUCACUCAAUAUGGAGGUAGAAAAAUGUCCUCUGGAGAAAACAACUGAAACACUAGAUGUAUUGACUGCAAAAACAAUAUCUGAACCAUCUGGGGGUGAGUCUCUUGAAAAGCAAGUUUCUGUAGGUCCUCGUUUUCAAGCAGAAGUCCCGGAAUGGACUGGUGUGGUUUCUGAGAGUGACUCUAAAUGGUUAGGCAUACAAAUAUGGCCUUUAAAACAUGACUCAGAACCUACUCCUGAAACAGAUAUUGGGAGAGGAAGACAAGAGAAGUGUAACUGCGAAUUUCAAGGUUCUGUUGCGUGUGUUAGAUUACAUAUUGCUGAAAAUAGGAUGAAAUUGAAGCUUGAAUUGGGUUCUGUAUUUUAUCAUUGGGGAUUUGAUCGUAUGGGUGAGGAAGUUUCUCUUCAAUGGACAACUGAAGAAGAGAAAAAAUUUAAGGAUAUCAUGAGAUCAAAUAUUUCCUCCCAAAAUAAAUAUUUUUGGAACAAUCCAUCCAAAUACUUUACAGGAAAGACUAGAAAAAACUUGGUGAGCUAUUACUUCAAUGUAUUUCUUAUUCAACUAAGAAGCUACCAGAAUCGGGUGACUCCAAAGAAUGUUGAUAGUGACGAUGAUGAAGUACAAUUUGGAUCUUUAGGUGAUGGUUUUCGGAUGGAAGCUGUCAAGGGUCCUGGUUAUAAGAUCCCGGAUUGUUCUCUGAACGAACAGUGCGCUGAUUUGGAAUAUUGGAGUAGACAUGAUUAGAGUGUAAAUUUGAUAAUUGAACCUGAACCACUUUGAGCCCGAGAAAAUAUUUUCCUGACAUAGACUUGUAUAAAACUCUCUUCCUCGAUGAUCAGUGGUGAAUGCAUUACCUACAUUAUGAUUUUUUUUUUUUUUUUUUUUUUGUAGAAUGUAGGGAGGUAGAGAGAGAGAGAGAGAAAAGGAUCAGGCUGUGAAGUGGUUAUGCUGGAACUUGGAAAAAUAUGGACAUGUUCUUGAGUCUUGUCUGCCCAUAAUGAAGAACUUGCUGAGACUGGUAUUAAUUUUGUUAGAGAUUGUUAUAUUUGUUGGUUAUAAUAACAAUUUAACCGGAUACUUCUUGGACACUGCACUAUUAGUGUUGUAAAACUUGUUUUUCAGUCUGAGUUAAUGCUUUCAAUUCGAUGUUUCCAGCC